AGGGAGCGCGCGGCAAGAUGGCGGCGGCGGUAACAGUGCCUCUUUGGCCGCUUAAAUGCCCGUUUUAGUGGCGUUUCUCCCUGGUUAUGCCUGUCAGGCGGUUCUUAUGGGGGCUCGUGCUUCUUUCCACGGCUCGGGCCCAGGAUGGGAUUCCCGGCUUUCGGCCUUCUUUUAUUUACAUGUCUGGAACGGUUGUCACCUCUUCAUUGGUCGGUGUUCCUGCAAAUAUCUUCUCUAUUGCUGUAACAGACAGCGAAACAGGAAUGUUACCCCCUUCAGACUGUAGUGGAAGGAACAAAACUGGUGACUGGACUCUAAAUGUCACGUAUCAAGAGAAUGUUUCCAGAGUGACCGUGCGCUUAACCAGAAACCUACAACUAUGCACUUCAAAUGCCACUCAUUGCUGCAUAGAGGCCCUUUGUGUGGUGGAGGCUUUGCAGGUUUCAGCUUGUUCGGACUCAGUGGUGGUGGCCCGCCUCUUGAUCCAAGCUGAAAUAUAUGCUAAUACGUCCUCACAAAAUGUGUCAGGAAAAGUGGAAGAGAAAGAAAGAGUGAUCCCCAAUCAAGCGUUUCAGCCUCUGGGUUCUUGUCCUUGCAAUCUCACUGCAGGAGCCUGUGAUGUCCUUUGCUGCUGUGAUCAGGAAUGCACCGCUGUGAUGAAGGAACUGUUCAAUGGGUCAUGUUAUAAAGGAGUGUUUGGUGGGGAUGUUUGCCCUACUUUUGAUCAGCUGUGCUCUGACCAGGCAGGAAAUAAUGCUCCCGAUUGGUUUCCCUUCUUAUGUGUGCAGUCUUCUCUUAAGAAUACACCUUUCCUUGGUUAUUUCUAUCAUGGAUCUAUUUCUUCUUCAUACCAAGUCUCUUCAUUUAAGAUUCCAUCUCAAACGGUCCAAGGAAGGCUUUCUACUGGUUACAAACAAGGAGAUCCAAUUCUAACCAUAGCAAAUACGUAUUUUACAGUUCCUCAGGUGUCCAUAGCUGGGCAAUGUGCAAUAAAUAGCCCUGUUGCUUUUCUUCAGAAUUUUGAAGUCGAAUGUUUUGCUGCUUGCAAUCAAUUGAAUAGCUCACUGACUGAUAUACUGAUUAACAGUGGUACUGGAGACAUCAUCAAGUUGCAGGUGACCCACGAGAAGAAAACCACUAAUAUAGAUAGCUGUAUUGGUAAAGAAUGCAGAAAUGUGACAUUUGCAGAGGAUUACAUGAUCAUAUGGGAAGGCAAAAGAAUAAUAGAAAUGAAAGUCACCGUUCUUUUUGGGGACAUAUGUCCAGAAGAGGCACCGACUCAGAAAUUCACAGUCAACUUUGUGAGUGUAAAUACUACCAGCACAGAAGAAUUUUCUGGCAAUCCAGGUUAUCAAGUUGGGAAACCAAUUAGAGCUGCAAAUCUGAAUUCUUCCGAUGCUGUUGCCACGUUAAAUCUUUGGAAGCCUGGUGGGCAGAAUUUGUGUACAUCAUCAAGUCUUACACCCAUUUUAUUUGGAUUAAAUUCAGUCUCUGGAUGCGUUGUAGAGGUUGAUCUUGGAGGCAACUGCAAUCAGUUGAGGGAGAAUGUUACUGAACAAUUUAGUUCUUUGCUGCAAGCUAACUAUAUUGGAAAGAGAGGCAACUCCAAUGCAAGUGUCCCAGAUGACUGGGUGGAAAUUAUCAAUUUACAUACUCUUGGCCCCAGUAUCAAUGAAAGCAUUUGGAAUCUAAAGGGGAUCUGCCUGGAUAUUCCUUCCCACUUGAAUAUUCAGAUUAUUACUGCUGAUGUGGGUGCAAUAGAAGGAGCUGCACAAGAAGAGAUACUUGGUGUACAAAUGAGUUUUUCAAUGAUAACAUGGCAGGUCCAGUGUCCUCUUGUCUGUGAAGUAAGAGACACUUUUCUUCCUAUCUCUGUGGCUGUCCAGUUCAUUCAAAUUCCAGCUCAACCUCCUGUUCCAAUGACAAGAUUUCAGAUUAACUACACAGAAUAUGACUGCAAGAGAAAUGAUGUUUGUUGGCCGGAGCUUUUUUAUCCCUUGACAUCUUACUACACUGAAGAACCAUACUCCCGCUCUCUUGCCAAAGGACUGUUGCUGAUCUUUUUUAUUGUGAUUGCGGUGGUGCUGAGUGCUCUUUGGAGGUGAAUCAGCAAAGUGUGGAAUAAGCCAUGAGUGUCUUUUCUCAGAAGUCAAGAUAGCUAUUUUGACGGCCCUUUUCUAUACUUUUAAUAAGUGGUGUUUUUAUAGAAUUUUAUAGAAAGAAAAAAUGUUUGUAUUUUUUUUCUAAGAGGAGAAACAUUAAAAUAAAACAUCAUGUAUUUAAAAAAAA